AUGAGGGAAACCCUACCGAUCGUAUUUGCCACUGCACGCAACGACGAGUCCGGCAAGCGACGCAUUGCACUGACGAUGCUGCAGGCCGAGAAGGAACAUCGCUCUCUGCGGCCCAUUCACGAUCAACUGCUUGAGUUUUGCCGAACGCUGCGGUCGCCAGUGCCGGCAACAGACUUGGAAGAAGAGGCGGUGCUGCUCUCCAUUGUUCGCUGUGGCGACGUGAAUGCGGUACUGCGACACCUUGAUGGGGAUAACGGGCCCCGUCCAUCGGUGUGGUGCAGAUUCCCUACAUUGGGAUGGGAGAUGGCGGGUCUCCUCCUACGACGCCUUAAUGAGCUCAGUGAAAGGCUCCUUGAUGAAGCGGAAGAUGUCGAAGAGGCCUACUGUAGUCUACUGGCCUGCAGCCACUUCUUGCUGCAAAGCAUUGCGAAUGAUGUGACUGAAGUCACGCACGCAUUACUCGAUCGCCGCCUUAACGAAGAAAAUACUAUGGGAUUUCUUCUUCUUCUUUUGGCAGCCACACGUCUUCUGCUGCAUAGGCAAGCUCAGUCUGCACUAUUGACUCUCACCGCACACCUUCGGCUGGAAGGUGCAACGGUUAGGUCUAUCUCACAUCUCCUCUUAUGCACAUAUUCGGGAACGGUCUCUACGAUGGAUCGCGUCCGAUACACCACGCUGCUGACGCUGAGCUAUCUGCAGCAGGAACAGCAGGGCGCCGGGGUUCAGCGGCAUGAUGGUACGGAGGAAACGUGGCUUGACGUGGACGCCAGCGAUGGGGCGGGGAAGCAGAGCGAGCACGGUGCAGCACUGGUUGAAGUGCAGAAAACGACAACGCUACACGUCUUUAGUGGGAUGCUGGUGCCACACGUCAUUAUGGAUCAACGGUUCCUCAUCAUGAACCACCAAAGCAACCCUCACAUUGCCCCCGAGGUCGAUAUGUUGUCGCUUCUUGUUGACAUGUGGACAGACGAGGAAGUGGCGGCGGCGGCCCUGCAGUGCCCCGCACGUCUUCAUAACACCCUGUUGGUAAAUUCGAAGGCUGACGUUGGGUGGGAGGUUCUUCGAAGCCUCUUCCCCGAAUUCUCUGUGCAGGAUGACGUCAGAUUGGCCUCGUUUGACGCACUCACCGCGGCCACUGUCAUGGACCUGCGGUAUUUGGGGCCACUCCUCCACGCCGUGCUCUCCAUGCCGGCAGAACAACUCCCGCGAAAGAACAUUGGAACCAAGUGCAUUCCAUUUCUCCUGCGGCUAUUGUCCUUCACGGAUCCGCAGCUGCGACGGCUGGGCGCGACGGCGUUGUCUGCUGUAUGGACACCAAGCGGUCCCACACGCAUUGUUGUUGGUUUUGCUCGAUUAAAACUGACACAACUCGCCGGCAAACGGGGACGAGCCACGCAUCAAAUGCAGCAGGGAGGAGACGACGUCACAUGGAACUGUCCAAGACUACCCGCCCCCGUCUCUGCCUUUCUGGUGAUGGGGCUGCAGCCCCUCACCAACGCGGCGUAUCCCCUGCACAACGACAUUAUGCGUUUCCUAAUAGAGACACAAGAGGCUUUUGCCAAUCCUGUUCCGCUGCAUCGGUUUUUGACCUCCUUUCCACUUGCAUGCAUCACAACCCCGGUAAUGAUUAAACGCCAUGAAGCGACACAGAACGGGACAAAAAGUCAUAUUGCUGCUGCUUCAGCAGAGGAAAUGGUGCGAGAACUGCGGUCGGAGGCGCCUAUUCAUUUAGAUUUUAUUGUGCGCCUGAUUCAGUUUGGGUGCCAGACAAAUGGGGAUGUGAUGGCGCUACUUCGUUCCGAGUCGCUGCAGACGAUGAUGAUGCUUGUCUCUAUGGUGGCGGCCUCAGCGGAAAUUCGUCUGCAGUUGUUACGAUGUAUUCACGUCGUCUGCAGCACCUCCUCCGCCGUGGCGAAACAGGCAUUAGAGGAGGGUCACGUGUUGUCGUGGUUACUUGGCUUUGCAGCUCAGUUGAUACGAGAGUAUGGCGGGUGUGUGUACAUGUACGGCGAGCCUCUUUUCAUGGAGGUGCUUACGCUGCUGCGGAAGCUAUCGCCGCUUUCAUUUGCCUCGACACUUCAAGCGCAACAGGUGCGGCAGCAGGUGGAGCUCAUUCGUGACGGGCUGCUUGCUAACCACGUGACAACAAAAGAUGUGCUGGAUGGGGUGGAGUGCGUCCUGCAGGAGAUGCGCGGGGGAGAGGGGUCUGCCGCGGGGACGGCGCGGAAGCGGUGGGCGCCGCACAACGAUGGGCGUCCAGUGCAAAGGAACAAGCGGAGGUGA